AUGCAAUUUUCAACUUUUGUCGUCGCUGCCUUGACCUCUGUGUCUGCUGUUUCUGCCUUUAACGGCUCCAACGCUAGUAACGCUAGUAACGUUACCACCGCCUCUGAAGGUGGUGCCUUUGCUGCCACCACCAACUUUGUUGGUGUUGCCGCUGCCGCUGCUGCCGGUGUUGCCUUGUUGUUUUAA